CUACAGAUCUUGUACAGCCAGUAGUCAGUUGCAGUGUAGUCAGUUGCAGUGUAGUCAGUUGCAGUGUAUUAACCGUUUUUUUUUUAUCGCAAAUCAUGAAUUAUACGCUGAACCAACAUUAUGAGGAGAAGGUGCGUCCUAGUAUUGACCUCAUCGACUCUCUACGCUCCCUUGGCGUAGAGAAGGACCUUGCCCUGCCUGCCAUCGCCGUGAUAGGGGACCAGAGUUCGGGAAAGAGCUCCGUGCUGGAGGCGCUGUCUGGGGUGGCUUUGCCAAGGGGGAGUGGUAUUGUAACACGAUGCCCCCUCGAGCUGAAGAUGAAAAGGAAGAAAGAAGGAGAGGAAUGGCACGGAAAAAUCAGCUACCAGGACCGUGAGGAGGAGAUUGAGGAUCCCUCUGAUGUGGAGAACAAAAUUCGGAAAGCCCAGGAUGAAAUGGCAGGUGUGGGGGUGGGUAUCAGUGAUGACCUCAUCAGCUUGGAGAUUGGCUCCCCUGACGUCCCAGACCUCACACUCAUCGACUUGCCAGGCAUCGCCCGUGUAGCUGUCAAGGGUCAACCUGAGAACAUUGGGGAACAGAUUAAGAGACUGAUACGGAAGUUCAUCACAAAGCAAGAAACAAUCAACUUGGUGGUUGUGCCAUGCAACGUUGACAUUGCAACCACAGAGGCUUUGAAGAUGGCACAAGAGGUGGACCCUGAAGGUGAAAGGACAUUAGGCAUCCUGACCAAGCCCGACUUGGUAGACAAAGGCACAGAGGAGACUGUGGUGGACAUAGUUCAUAAUGAGGUUAUCCAGCUGACUAAGGGCUACAUGAUAGUCAAGUGCAGGGGACAGAAAGAGAUCAUGGAGCGAGUCUCACUGACCGAGGCCACAGAGAGGGAGAAGGCUUUCUUCAAAGAGCACGCUCAUCUCAGCACACUUUAUGAUGAGGGGCAUGCCACCAUCCCUAAACUGGCGGAGAAAUUAACUCUUGAACUAGUGCAACAUAUCGAGAAAUCCAUGCCUCGUCUAAAAGAGCAGAUUGAGGAAAAGCUGGAGGAGACACGUACCGCUCUGGAGAAAUGUGGUACCGGACCCCCUGAAGACCCAAAAGAACGGCUGUAUUUUCUGAUCGAUAAAGUGACUUUGUUCACCCAGGAUGCAAUUAACCUGAGCACUGGGGAGGAGCUGAAAAGUGGAGACAUCAAUGUCUUCUCCACACUCAGAACAGAGUUCGGGAAAUGGAAGGCACACGUGGAUCGCUCUGGAAAGAACUUUAAAAAGAAGAUUGAAAAAGAGGUUGAUGAUUAUGAGAAGACGUACCGUGGAAGGGAGCUCCCAGGGUUCAUCAACUACAAGAGCUUUGAGGUGAUUGUGAAGGACCAGAUCAAACAACUGGAAGAACCAGCAGUCAAGAAGCUGAAAGAGUUAUCAGAUGCUGCUAGGAAAGCGUUCAUACUGCUGGCUCAGAACAGCUUCACAGGUUUCCCUAUCCUUCUGAAAACAGCAAAGACUAAGAUCGAGACCAUCAAGCAGGAGAAGGAGUCUACGGCUGAGUCCACGUUGAGGACUCAGUUCAAGAUGGAGCUGAUAGUGUACACACAGGACAGCACCUACAGCUCUAGCCUGAAGAAGAGGAAGAGGGAGGAGGAAGAGUUGGAGGAGGGAGAGUUAGUUAAAAAUCAUUUAGGGAGUCAGAAAGGGUUCUCUGUUGUCUCUGUAAGGAGUACUGUCAACGGCCCUGACACCCAUGCUACCCUACGGGAGAUGAUGCUGCACCUCAAGUCCUAUUAUCAUAUUGCCAGUCAGCGUCUGGCUGAUCAGAUUCCCAUGGUGAUCCGCUACCUGGUGCUGCAGGAGUUUGCUUCCCAGCUGCAGAGGGAGAUGCUUCAGACUCUGCAGGAGAAGGACAACAUCGAGCAGCUGCUGAAAGAGGACAUCGACAUCGGCAGCAAGAGGGCUGCACUGCAGAGCAAGCUCAAACGCCUGAUGAAGGCACGCAACUAUCUAGUGGAGUUCUAGUAUGGACAGCUGCUUGUUAACAUUUAGGAUGGUCUUGUCUAACUUCAGAUAGGUUGGUUAAUGGAAGUAGGCAUUGGGGUUUGGGGUAGAUUCUGUUAUCUAAGUUAUAAUAAAGUUACUAU